UACUGGCCUAGUCACGCUGACACAGUAGGGUAUAUGAAGACGUACUAGAACAAAAACAAAUUGCGAUUCUAACUUGAAAAUCUUUCAAUGAUGGACCCUCGAGUUUUUAUCGUGCUUGCUGUGUGCGCUUGCGCUACUACCCUGUCUCUAAGCUGUGUUGAUUACUUGUGUCCCCGCAUUAGAAGACCCUGUAGUGUCCUGACUGAUAUCUCUACUAAUGGCGCCAGCCAGUACGCUUCAUACUUCCCUCGAAGCCCUUUCGUGUGUAACAGCACACAAUGGACACGUUUUGACGGAUGUUGCCCAAGGUCAAGAUACUACGACUGUGGUCAGGAGACGGUACCCUGCCUGCCCUUAUUCUGGUACAAUCGUCUCGUCUGCCAAGUUAGCAGACAGCAGAUCUCACUGGCCUACACUAAAUGCACAUGUGGGACCUGUGUACCGAAGUGCCUCGACAACGGAUGGUGCAACACCAACACGGGCAGGUGCACACAGGCGUGCGGCGUCAACACGACCGUGACCCUCGACUGCCUGGAAGUCGGGGCGCCGAGGAAGGCGUUGCUCUCAAUUCUGACCUAUUUUUGUCUCCCUUCCAGAUGUUUCUGUACGGUGUAGCACAACCUUGACCAAGAUCAAGCCAUGACGUCAUCACAGUCUAUCUGGCAUGACCCUUUCACUUGUUUUUUGGAAUAAAAAUUUCAAUUUC